GGUUGCCAUGGGGACCUGGAUGCUGACGAAGGCUCGCGAGGCUGUGAGCAGCCACAGUGCCCUGCUCAGAAGCUGGGGGCUCCUCAGUCAAGCCGGUUCUAGGUUCUCACUCGGCAGCACGGGCAGGCGAGUGGCUCCUGGUUCCGGGAGCAGAACAGCAGUGCCCCAGCCCUGGUCCUCCAGCCCUGAGCCUCGCCUGCCCGCACGGCACCAGGAUGGCCACCAUCACCUGCACCCGCUUCACGGAAGAGUACCAGCUCUUCGAGGAAUUGGGAAAGGGAGCCUUCUCGGUGGUGCGCAGGUGUGUGAAGGUGCUGGCUGGCCAGGAGUAUGCUGCCAAGAUCAUCAACACCAAGAAACUCUCGGCCAGAGACCAUCAGAAGCUGGAGCGCGAAGCCCGCAUCUGCCGCCUGCUGAAGCACCCCAACAUCGUCCGGCUCCACGACAGCAUCUCCGAGGAGGGGCACCAUUACCUGAUCUUCGACCUGGUCACCGGCGGGGAGCUGUUCGAGGACAUCGUGGCCCGGGAAUAUUACAGCGAGGCUGAUGCCAGUCACUGUAUCCAGCAGAUCCUGGAGGCCGUGCUGCACUGCCACCAGAUGGGGGUGGUGCACCGGGACCUGAAGCCGGAGAAUCUGCUGCUGGCCUCCAAGCUCAAGGGCGCUGCGGUGAAACUGGCAGACUUUGGCCUGGCCAUAGAGGUGGAGGGGGAGCAGCAGGCAUGGUUCGGGUUUGCUGGGACACCUGGAUACCUCUCUCCAGAAGUGCUGCGGAAGGACCCGUACGGGAAGCCCGUGGACCUGUGGGCCUGCGGAGUGAUCCUGUACAUCCUGCUCGUGGGCUACCCCCCGUUCUGGGAUGAGGACCAGCACCGCUUGUACCAGCAGAUCAAAGCUGGCGCCUAUGAUUUCCCAUCACCAGAAUGGGACACCGUCACCCCAGAAGCCAAGGAUCUCAUCAAUAAGAUGUUGACCAUCAACCCGUCCAAACGCAUCACGGCCGCCGAGGCCCUCAAGCACCCCUGGAUCUCGCACCGGUCCACCGUGGCCUCCUGCAUGCACAGACAGGAGACCGUGGACUGCCUGAAGAAGUUCAACGCCAGGAGAAAACUGAAGGGAGCCAUCCUCACCACGAUGCUGGCCACCAGGAACUUCUCUGGAGGGAAGAGCGGAGGAAACAAGAAGAACGAUGGUGUGAAGAAAAGAAAGUCCAGUUCCAGCGUUCAGUUAAUGGAAUCUUCAGAGAGCACCAACACCACCAUUGAGGACGAAGACACCAAAGUGCGGAAACAGGAAAUUAUAAAAGUGACAGAGCAGCUGAUUGAAGCCAUAAGCAAUGGAGAUUUUGAGUCCUACACGAAAAUGUGUGACCCCGGGAUGACAGCCUUCGAACCCGAGGCCCUGGGGAACCUGGUCGAGGGCCUGGACUUCCAUCGAUUCUAUUUUGAAAACCUGUGGUCCCGGAACAGCAAGCCUGUGCACACCACCAUUUUGAACCCCCACAUCCAUCUGAUGGGCGACGAGUCAGCCUGCAUCGCCUACAUCCGUAUCACUCAGUACCUGGACGCCGGCGGCAUCCCCCGCACGGCCCAGUCGGAGGAGACCCGCGUCUGGCACCGCCGGGACGGCAAAUGGCAGAUUGUCCACUUCCACAGAUCGGGGGCGCCCUCUGUCCUGCCCCAUUGAAGGGCCAGGCGGGGGCGCUGUACUGCAGAUAUCUGCUCAUCCUCGUCCGUCCGUCAGUGGAAUGUCGCUGCUGGUUCUCCCACCUUGGAUUUUGCUGGAAUUCCCCCACUCACAUCAUCCCACCACCACCACCACCACCGUCACUUUCAUACCUGCAUCAAGAAAACCUACCCACAAAGCCAUCACGUCUUCAGA